UUUACAUCACAACCAUUCAGGAAUUGAUUAUGUUUAUAAAACUUUGAAUCUUGAAAUCUUAAGGAAUUAGAAACCGCGCGUUCCUUUUCAAUCGCUAUACAAUAACAGUAUACUAAAUUAUCUAAAUACAUCUUACCUAACGAGUGAUACAUUUUUUUAAAUUAUGAACCUGAGGAGGACAUUUCACAUGAUUAGUCGGACCCUGCAUAUUGCGAGUAAAAUAAAGCAACACGAUGCUGUAGACAACAAAAGGAUAACUUUCAGCAGAGUAAAAGUUGAUGACUAUUACAAAGUGUUGUCUAUAAAAUCACCUGAUGAUGUUUAUGAGGGAUACGAUUACUUACCAGACCGCUUCCAUAAACUGAUUAGUAGUUCCUCAAUUGAGGGGUAUGCAGCCUCUAUCGACAACAAAAUGGUUGCAUUCCAACUAGUAAAUCUUUUGGACGAUGGUCACACGGUCUUAAAGCAAGCUGGACGAGUGACUACAGAAUAUGAAGGAACAGGAAUAUACAACGAGCUUGAUUCAUUUACACAACAAAACUAUAAUGCAUUGGGUAGACAAAGGACCUUCUCAUUUGACGCACACAACCAAACUUUGACGAAACAUCUUUAUGCUAGAAAAAUGGAUACAGUUAUGUCUAGAGAUGUAACAGCGUAUCAUGUAAAGUCUCACAGAGAAAUACUAAAAAACAAUACAACUGGAACAAACCACGACAACAAUACUAUAUUUCCUGUCCAUCUGAAGGAAGUCUUUAAAUCAGAGAAAACGAGUAGCGAACUUUUCCCGGAAGGUAGAAUGCUAUGUUUCUAUGUUCCAUAUAAACUAAAAGAUUCCAACAUACCACUGAUAUACUCUCAAGGAACGAAAGUUCUAGGAUCAGUUACUGAUGGCUUCCUGUUAGUGACAGCAGGGACAAGCUUCCAAUGUAACAAAGGACAUGUAUUUGUACUUGACGUAUACGGAACUUUAAAUGAAACAUUUGUAAAGCACCUACUACAGCAUUUACGACAUGUGGACCUACGAUAUUUAAAUGAGCCAAUGGAAAUCAACGUACAUUGUAUGGAUUCUGGAAACCAGUAUAUAACUGAUGCUAUGAGCCAACUUGAUAUUCAAAAAGACGAAAGUUUUAGAGAUGUUCAUCAUGUGGCUACCGCUGAAAUGAGUUAGAAAUACUUAUUUCAGUGGUAUUGACGAACUCAUUACAGCUAAUUUCUUAUGCAUGUAAAGCAAGACUUUGGUUAGCUUACUUGCUUUGUUUGUAUAAUUGUUUGUAUUUUAGAUAUAGUCCAAUUAAGUGUUGGUAUAUGAUAUGUACAGGUUGAAAUAUGCGUAUAUAUAUUGCAUAAUUACAGAGCUAUAGCUAGAAUUAAGGUUUGUACAAACAGAGCAAGCAAGCCUACCAAAGUUUUACCCUACAAGCAGUAGAAAAUUAGCUGUAAAAGCGAAAAGAGAUUAAGUUAUAUUUUACGUAUUCGAAGUUAUUAAGAUUGAAAUUAAUAUAUGAUUGUCAAAUGAUGUAUACCAUAACCUGAAUAUCCCCCUAAACAAUAUACUUUUUGGAAUUUGCUAUAUUAUAAUACAACUUUGCAUCUUUUGAUACUUUUGUUGAACGAAAUGGAGCUAAUUGUAGCGAAAGAACCUUCAUUUAUUCUGGAUCAUUUUUGUUGAAUUACUUGUCUUUACUUGGAAAAUAUAAAAAUAUAUAAAUUGUAAUGUAGAACUGAUCUCUGUAUACUAAGCAUACAAUGAACACAUGACACUCAAAUACAAAUACGAGAAAUCUCUAGAAGCCAGGCUCCCCUUUUAGUGGGAAAAAUUUGUUGAUUUUACAGGGGAAAAUUGGAGCAUGACUGGAGCGGAUUUGCCCUUAGGACAGUUAGUGUGCCCUCCCCUAAUAAUAAGUUCUGGAAAUGCCACUGGGUGGUUUUCUAUUAGUCAAAUAAACAUUCCCCACAUCUGAAACCUAGAGUUUAAUUAUAAAUAAUUUAAUUUUGGAUGUAACGCGUUUUCUGAUUGGCUGACGUUAUUUUGUUA